AUGAGUGACUCUCCCACUCAUGCUCGCAGCGCGUCCUCCGAUUCGGAUACGGUCGACUUGCCGUCACAGCCUGUCUCGACGUCCGAAUACAAGGAGGCCGCGGUAACGAAGGAUUUCGGCUUUUUGCCUAUCCCCAAGUGGCUGCGACAUGAUCCAGAGCAUCCUCCACAUUUCGGGCUAUUAUUGAAUGUAACAUUCGGUCUUGCUGGUACCUUUGUUCAGCUGGCCGACACAUUUAAGGUUUCGUACGACGACGUCUCCCGGAUCCCCACGCUAAUCCAAGUAGGCUAUGCUAUUGGACUCCUCUCUAUCUCGCCGCUGGGCGACCUCGUCCGGCGGCGGCCGCUCAUCCUGAUGCUGGUGUUCGUCUCCGCCUCGCUGACGAUCGCGCUCGCGAUCACGAAGAGCCUCGCCGUCUUCGAGGCGCUCAGCUUCCUCGUCGGCAUGUUCACCGUCGUCCCGCAGAUCCUCCUCCCCCUCGUGGCGGACCUCGCGCCGCCGCACAAGCGCGGGCAAGCCAUGUCCAUCGUGCUGUCCGGGCUGCUCUUCGGCAUCUUGCUUGCGCGGGUGAUAUCAGGCACCAUCGCGCAAUACGUGACAUGGCGCGUGGUGUACUACCUCGCGAUCGGGCUGCAGUAUUUCGUGUUUGUGUGGCUCUACCUGGUCCUGCCUGAUUACCCCGUGAAGGGAAAGGGAGGGACGUACUUGGGGAUGUUGUUCAGCAUGUUCAGAAUGGCUGCAACGGAGCCGUUGGUAAUUCAGAUCAUCUUGAUCAGUAUACCCUCCAUGGCAUGCUACACGAACUUUUGGGUUACGCUCACGUUCCUUUUGGGCGGCCCGCCUUACAACUACUCGACGCUGGUCAUCGGUCUGUUCGGGCUGGUCGGCAUGGUCGGCGUCGCAAUGGCGCCUCUGGUCGGACGGGCCUGCGACAACCUCGUCCCCUGGUUCGCCGCAGUCAUCGCCAACGUCGCAUACUUGCUCGUCCACGCGAUCGCAGUCGGGGCAGAUGGCGUCAACAUCGCCGCCGUCGUCAUCGUCUGCAUCGGCAUCGACGUAUUCCGGCAGAUGACGCAGGUGUCGUUGACCGCCGCGAUAUUCACUCUUGACCCUGCCGCUCGAUCGCGGCUGAACGGAAUCAUCCUCAUCUCGCUGUUCAUCGGUCAGAUCAUGGGUACCUCUGUUGGCGCGAAGGUGUACACGGAGUACGGGUGGCGCCCUGCCGCGGCUGUGUCGCUUGCAUGGAGCGGUUUCAUGUUGCUUAUCACCUUUUUGCGGGGUCCGCACGUACCGCGAUAUGUGUGGUUCGGCUACGAAGGCGGAAUCGAGGUCCGGAAACGCAGACUCGCAGAGCGCGAACGACAAAAACAAGCCGCGGCCGAAGAAAAGCUUCCGAUAGAUAACACAGACAGCAAAGAAGACAGCAAAGAAGAACAAAAGGCAGGUGUCGAUGAGAAGAAGGGAGAGGAGAUGGCCGAUAUCACAUAG